UGCGCUUUGAGACUACAGCAAACACGUUUCUCUCAAGAGGGAUAUUGUUGUCUCUCCGCGCAGCUUAACACGUAGAACAGGCGUCGCGGCUGAGGUCACACUGAGUGGUUAGCAGCAGUGCCGUCCAGGCAGGGCUGAGACUCAAGGCACACCACUGAGCUGCUCAGAAGGGAAAAGGUUUGUGUAUCUACUAUGGACAGUAUACUAGAAAAUCUCUCUAAAACUGAGUUCAUCAGCAUUUGUGUCCGGGAUCCAAGGCUUAUAAAAGAUGACCUCUGGUACACACACGUCGACUACGAGAUCUGUUUACAUACCAAUAGCAUGUGUUUUCGAAAGAAGACUUCCUGUGUAAGGCGACGUUACAGUGACUUUGUUUGGCUGCGAAAUUGUCUGGAACAGAAUGCUCUGAUCAUAGAAUUACCCAAGUUGCCAUCCUGGAACCCCUUCUUCAGUCCAAGGAACGCAGAGCAGGUCUCACAGAGGAUGAACGUCAUGCAGAAGUUUUUAGAAACUGUUCUUCAUAAACCUUUGUUGUUAUCGGACAGUCGACUCCAUCUGUUCCUCCAGUCAGAUCUCAGUAUUUCAAAGAUCGAAAGGUGUGUGCUUGGUAAGACCAGGUACACAGUGGCUGAAGCCAUACAACGUUGCAGGAACGGUUACAUCAGUAGAUUAGAGGACAAGGCCUCCUGUGACUCUGACUGUGAAAGCUCUUCAUCGUCAGGCUUGGGACAAGUGUGGACACUCGAUUGCGAAGAGGCCUCCUCUGCUUCUUUGAGUCCCCUUGAGUCCUCUGACAAGACUCAGAGUUGUUCAGCUGACUUUCAGAACCCCAAACCCCAGUCAUUGCACCCUGAAGCACAGCAGUUGUACUUGGGCACCUGUUUGGACAUAAGUCAUCAAUGUGUGUCGACCUGUUUGUGAUACUUCAUGAAGCUCUUGUUUUUGUUAAGUUAACUUUCAAAGAGCAAAAAGCUUUUUUUUUUUUUUUAAACUUUUGUUAACUUCAUUUGUUUCUUUGGAAUUAGUUUUAAUAAUUUGCUUUAGUUUUGUCUUAAAAGUACUACCAUUGUAA